AUGGCUUUCCUUGUGGAGAGGCGUAGCAGUGAGAUGGUGUCGCACUCGCAGCACACGGCGCCGGCGAUGAUGAAGCCGGUGCCGGCUCCCUUCCUGACCAAGACGUACCAGCUCGUCGACGACCCUUGCACCGACCAGGUGGUGUCGUGGGGCGAGGACGAGACCACCUUCGUGGUGUGGCGGCCGCCGGAGUUCGCCAGAGACCUCCUCCCCAACUACUUCAAGCACAACAACUUCUCCAGCUUCGUCAGGCAGCUCAACACCUAUGGCUUCAGGAAGAUAGUAGCUGACAGGUGGGAGUUCGCCAACGAGUUGUUCAGGAAGGGCGCCAAGCACCUCCUGUCAGAGAUCCACCGGAGGAAGUCCGCUUGCUCGCAUCCUCCGCCGCUGCAGCCGCCGCCGCUCCACCGUUCGCACCAUGAGCUGCAGCCUUACCUCAGCCUCUUCUCGCCGUCGCCUCUCCAGGCCUACCUUCCUUUCCAGGACAACUCCUCCUCCCCGGCGCCAGCGGACAGUAGCAGCGGGGACUUCAUGGCGGCGCUGUCGGAGGACAACCGGCAGCUACGGCAGCGCAACUCGCUGUUGCUAUCGGAGCUGGCGCACAUGAGGAGGCUCUACAACGACAUCAUCUACUUCCUGCAGAACCACGUGGAGCCGGUGCCGCCGUCCACGCCCGCGCUGCCCGGCUACUGCAGGCUGGUGGAGCUCGGCGGCCAUGUCAAUGAGCGUGGCGCCGGCUCACCGCCGCAGGCGAAGCCUAGGCCGCGAGACGACGAUGACGCGGCGGUGAAGCUGUUCGGCGUGAGGCUAGACGAGGGCAAGAAAAGGAAGGUGCAGCAGCUGGUAGAAGAAGGCGAUGACGACCAUGGCGACUGCGAUGGCGAUGACCAGGGAAGUACUGAGGUCUAG